AUGGAUGAUGAGGACAGUCUUCCCGAGGGCAUUAAACAUAUACAUCAUGCCUUGAGCCCUUACAUCAGACAAAGACAGGAUGCUCUACAUGUUCGACAUGUUUUCGCUGCUCACCUAAAUUCUAAUGUGAACUCUGGGGAAAGUAUUUUGACGCCCACAAAUUUGUCUCUUGCAGAACCCACCUCUGAAGUGAGACAAGGAUUGGGCUUUCCGGGUGUUCAACAUGAAUAUCUACGCAGCCUUCAAGCUAAUCUCAAGGCCCAAAGAGACUUCGCUACGAUCAGUGCACAGCACGAUGAAACAGAAUCUCAUAGCGAGAUUCGAGCAAAAACUCACGACAAAGCUACGUAUAAGGAAGUAUCCUUACAUACUUUCUUGAAUCUAGAAACGCAACGUCGGAGGCAGGAAAGUUUUCGCAUUAUUCAAGAUCUUGUGGAUCAACUUGCACAGAAGCCCGCUGCGACACAAGAUUGUCUAAAUCCAACGAGUCUGGAAGUGCUGAGAGACAUUGGAUCCUUACCGCCAAUACCAGCAAGUGUCAUAGCCCCUACAGAACAUCAUCAAGUCUCUGAGAGAAUUGAUCUGAAAUCACUCGUCGAUCGUCUGGAGAAGUCGGUUCUCCGGGCACAACUACUUCUCAAAAAAGAACAGAAAUUACUGGCAAAAGUCAGAGCUGGAGCUACGACGUCAACAGAUCAGCGAAAACAGGGUAAUCGACAGCAAGCAUUGGGAAUAACCCGUAACGAACUGAUUAGCUGGAUCGAGAUGGAAUUAGGAAAAGCUGGAGACUCACCAUCAGCACCGGAGGGACAAGAUCCGACCAUACCUGAGCAUAAGGGAAAGGAAUGUGUUGAUUCUCAGCUUGCAUCCAUAAAGCAAAUAUAUGCGCAAUACCUUGAAAUCAGGAAAAGAUUAAUCAUCGCUGCUACUGAGGAUCUUGCUACACCACCCCCUAUAAAAAUCGGGGCAGAAGUCUCUUCUGGCGUGUUCAUAGGUGAACCUCCAAAUGAUAUCUCCAACAUCACAAACAUGUCGACAUAUUCUUACCUUGAAGAUUUGGUUUCCAUCUCAAACGAGCAGAAAUCUAUCAUACAGCAAAGAUCGUAUCUCACUGGCAGUCUCACGAGGCAACACAAAGAAGCUGGUAAAGAUCUGGACAGGCUCGUCGACGAAAGCCAUCUCUUGCCUGGUUACCCUAUGCCGACUGUCAUCUCUCAACGGAAAAGGCUGGGGGAGCCGAUAUCAUUUGAAGAUGAUAUUUCGAAUAGCGACAAGCCAAGCUCAUCCAGUCGAGCCAAAGCUUGGGUCUUUGCAGCCGAAUCAAGUAGCAUCGCGACCAAAGAAGCAGUUUUAGAUAGAUUGGAAGAUGGAGAAUCGGCGCUUGCAGAAGCCUAUCAGACUCUGAACGACCUUCAAAUUCUUUUGGGGUGUCUUCCACAGGGACAGGGCGUAGAAGAAGAUGUUCUUGGCGGUAAGCAGAAGCUGGGAAUCUCGAAUAUCGGGGGAGUUUGGUCUACUCUAGAUGGCAAUCUUGGGGUUAUAAGGACGGACGAUUUGAUCUCGGAUCAAUCACAAUUAUAG